AUGAAAGUUAUUCAAUGUUUAUUCUAUAUUGCUGGUCAAAUAAUCGGCUCUUUUCUUGCUUCUGCUAUGGUUUAUCUUGUUUAUAUUAGUCAAUUUAAUAUCUAUGAUGGUGGUAUUCGACAAGCUGAAGGUCUAAAUGCAACAGCAGAUAUAUUUUAUACAGUACCAGCAGCAGGUGUUCCUAAUUGGAAUUGUUUAAUUGAUACAAUAACUGGCACUGGUCUUUUGCUCAUAUUUAUAAUGGCAGUUGGUAAUGAUUAUAAUGAUUUAAUAUCAAAUUCCGCUAAACCCUUUGCAUUUGCACUUAUGAUAACUACUUUUGGUUUUUCUAUGAGUCUCAAUUGUGGAAAUCCAAUUAAUCCAGCGCGUGACUUUGGUCCACGUCUAUUUGCAGCUUGUGUCUAUGGCUGGAAAGUAUUUCGUGUAAAUAAUUAUUAUUUUUGGGUAGCUAGUAUUGGUCCAAUUAUUGGUGCUAUUAUUGGUGUUUGGAUUUAUGAAGGUUAUUUAAUCCUGAUGAAAAAGUAUGCUAAUUUACCAGGUAUUAUACAUGUUGAUGCUGUCGAACAACCGGAUCAAAGAGAACAUGAUAAAUCGUAUCAUAUGGAUACACAAUUAUCUUCUGAAAGUAAUUGA